AUGUCUACUGUGUCUCUGAAACUGCUAUCUUCCUCACAUCUGAUAUCCCAAGGUGCCGAAGCCAAAGUCUACAAAGGUAGUUUGACAACCGAUGGCACGCCAGUGUUGUUUAAGCACCGAUUCAAAAAACAAUAUCGGCAUACUACUCUUGAUACAACCCUAACGAAGGCCCGUGUCGCGGGCGAGGCGCGUGCGCUCAUGAAAUGUCUUCGAUCUGGUGUUAAUGUGCCCGGGGUGCGGAUGGUCGACGCGGCUGAAGGUCUUCUUGGUAUAGAAUGGAUUGAAGGAAAGAGCGUCAAGUGGUUGAUUCCGAGCGGGGCUCAAGAUGAUGACGACGAAGAGCAACAGGACGAAAUAUCCCUGGACGAAUUCCAACUGACCAUCGAUCAACUCAUGAGACUCAUUGGUAUUGAAAUCGCAAAAAUGCAUUUGGCUGAUAUCAUACACGGAGAUUUAACUACUUCAAACAUGAUGGUGCGCCGUCAGGGAUCGAAGUCUGACUUGGUGCUUAUCGAUUUCGGGCUGUCGUACCACUCGAGCCUCGUUGAAGAUAAAGCGGUCGAUUUGUACGUGCUCGAGCGCGCGUUUGCCUCAACGCAUCCCGACUCGGAGCCCAUGUUCGCGUCCGUUCUUUCCGCAUACGCAACGCAAUUGGGAAAAGAUUGGCCAGCUCUUCGCCGACGCCUUGAUGAUGUCCGCUUGAGAGGCCGUAAGCGCAGUAUGGUCGGUUAG